UUGAUAAAAAUUCAACAAUUUCGAACUUGUAUUCUUUCAAGUUUAAUUCCACAAAUACCCUACAAUAAUCCAAUCUUUGUCCCACAUAAACCAUAGGCAAAAUAGUAAUUCAAUUACCCAACUGGUACUAAAAGUCUUUUCCUACCAAACAAAUUGACUGGGUGACAGAUGGAGGCCUUCAUUUCAAAGUAAGGAACCCUCCAAAAAUCUAAACCACACACUUCCAUGUGACAUUUUCAUUAUUCCCUCAAUCUUAACACAAAUGCCAUUAAAACCAUCCCUCCAGUUUUUUUCUUCAUGACAAAUUUUAUUUUUCCAGCUAAAAUGGACAUCAAAAUUUUCAUGAUUUCAUUCACGGUAACCUCACUUCUGUUCUCUGUUAUAUUCAUCCCAACUAAACUAAGCAUCCCUAUUACAAGGUUCAAUCCAAUGACAACCAUGAACAUUGUACAAAAAUCCAACAGGACAUAUCCAGUUACAUUUGCCUACUUAAUCUCAGCAUCCAAAGGGGACACUAUGCAGCUAAAACGUACCAUGCGCGCCGUGUAUCACCCUGGAAACCAGUAUCUGAUUCACCUGGAUUACGAUGCACCUGCCUGGGAGCACAGGGAGAUUGCAGAGUUUGUAUCAAAUGACCCAGUUUUUAGCAUGGUUGGUAAUGUUUAUAUUGUUGGGAAACCAAACUUAGUCACUUAUAGAGGUCCAACUAUGCUUGCUACAACUCUUCAUGCAAUGUCAAUGCUUUUGAGAUGCUGCAAAUGGGAUUGGUUUAUUAAUCUUAGUGCUUCUGACUAUCCUUUGGUAACUCAAGAUGAUCUGAUUCAUGCCUUUUCUGGUUUGCCAAAAGAUCUCAAUUUCAUUCAGCAUAGCAGUCACCUGGGUUGGAAACUGAACAAGCGAGGGAAACCUAUAAUAAUAGACCCAGCGCUUUACAGCCUCAACAAGUCAGAGAUAUGGUGGGAUAUUAAACAAAGGACGCUGCCCACUGCUUUCAACCUCUAUACAGGAUCAGCUUGGACUGUGAUCUCAAGAUCUUUUGCUGAGUAUUGCAUAGUGGGCUGGGACAACUUGUCAAGGAUUUUGCUCCUUUACUAUACCAAUUUUGUGUCCUCUCCUGAAGGUUACUUCCAGACAUUGAUAUGCAACUCUGAAGACUAUAAAAACACAACAGUCAACCGUGACCUUCACUAUAUUACUUGGGAUAUACCUCCAAAGCAACACCCUAAGUCUCUAGGACUCAAAGAUUUCAGAAGAAUGGUUCUGAGCAGCCGUCCAUUUGCGAGAAAAUUUAAAAUAAAUGACCCAGUUCUUGACAAAAUUGACAGAGAGCUUCUCAAGAGGAGGUAUGGAAAAUUCCCUUAUGGGGGUUGGUGUUCUGAAAGUGGAAAGAAACAAAGAGCAUGCUCAAGUUUGCAGAGUCAGAAUUAUGGUGUUUUGAAACCUGGAGCUGGAUCUAGGAGGUUAAAAACUUUGCUAACAAAAAUUCUUUCAGCAAGGAAUUUCACUAAGAGGCAGUGUAGACUGUAGGUGAAUUUCUUUUUCUCCUUUAAAUGAAUGAAUACAAAUAUAAAGUUGUUUUUUUUUUGGGUCCUUUUUAAUGAAAAUCAUUUGUGUUGAUUCUUGUAAUGAGCAGCAGCUGAAUUGCUACUAACUAAUACUCAAGGUGAUGUAUUAUAAAUUUGAGAA